AUGGCCCUCUGCGUCGUGCCCAUUCUUUUUUUGUUGGUCUUCCCCACUGUAGCUCAGGAUUCACCGCCGUGGGUGGCCAGGGAUGAGAUUCGGUCUCUGCUCGAGUUCAGGAAGGGCAUCUGGGAGGAUCCCUCCGGUCUGGUGCUCGCCUCGUGGAAUCAUGCGUCGGCAAUGGCGGCCGGAGCUGCCCCAGCACGUUUUACGGUAUCGCCUGUGACGGGAAUGGCGCCGUGGUUGCUCUCACCCUGGACGGCCUCGGCAUCUCUGGCGAUCUCAAGCUUUCGACCCUGGCAGGGAUGAAGUCGCUACGCAGCAUUAGCCUCUCGGGCAAUAAGUUCACCGGAAGGCUUGUCCCCGCCAUCGGAUAUCUGACGUCUCUGCAGCAUUUGGAUCUGUCGGGAAACCAGUUCUACGGCCCCGUUCCUCGGAGGAUCACAGAUCUUCAGGACCUAGUCCACCUCAAUUUGUCAUUUAAUGGCUUCAAGGGUGGGCUCCCGGACGGGUUUCAGAACCUUCAUCAGCUGAGAGUGCUGGACCUGCAUUCUAAUGGCCUUUGGGCAGACGCCUCUGCCGUGAUGUCGGAACUUAGGAAUGUGGAGCACCUUGAUCUGAGUGAUAAUGCAUUCUAUGGGCGUUUACCGAUGAACUCCUCAAAUCUCUUGUCCUUGGCAGACACUGCAAAAUUCAUCAAUUUGAGUUACAACGAGCUCAGUGGGGGCUUCUUCACGGGUGAUUCACUGGCCCUGUUCAGGAACCUGGAAAUUCUUGAUGUCAGUGACAACCGGCUCAGUGGCGAACUCCUAUCAUUCGGCUUACCUCCAAAUUUGAGGGUUUUGCGAGCUCGAAAGAAUCAACUUCAUGGAUCCCUGCCAGAGGAGCUCCUUGAGAGCUCGUUGGCCCUGGUGGAACUUGACCUCAGUGGUAAUGGAUUUACUGGUAAGUGAUAUCAGUGAUCGUCUCUGUUUCACCUGAUCUCAAUUCUUGACUGGGCACAUCACUUUUUGAAUUUGGGAUUGGAGGUUUCCUGUAGUUUUCGAUUCGCGGCUAUAACUUUAAGACUUUCAGUGGAAUCGAUGAAAGUUCUCUGGUUUUCCCUAACAUGCUUUAGGUGUGUUCGUUCUUUGGUUUUUUAUGCAGGUUCGAUUUUCAGCAUCAACUCUACUUCUUUGAAGAUCUUGAAUCUUUCGUCAAAUUCAUUCUCAGGUCCAUUGCCCUCAAGUAUUGGAAGUUGCAGUACUGUGGACUUGAGUCAAAACAUAAUUUCUGGCGAUCUAUCUUAUAUUUCCCAAUGGGGCGCUAUGCUAGAGCAUAUUGACCUGAGUUCAAAUAGGUUGUCCGGAAGUUUACCAGUUUUUUCGCAGUUUCAAGUCUUAACUUCCAUCAAGAUAAGAAAUAACUCUCUGGUUGGUAAUCUUCCCUCGAUGUUAGGAAGCUACCCCAAGGUGUCCGUUAUUGACCUCAGUGUGAAUAAACUGACAGGGCCCCUCUUGCCUAACCUUUUUACGUCGUUGACCUUGACCUUUUUGAACCUGUCAGAUAAUCAUUUCUCAGGAACUAUCCCACUACAAACUCAUAAUUCCACUGAAUCUCCCAUUCUACCUUUUACUUCACUUAUGCAGUUCCUUGAUUUGUCUUACAACUCUUUGUCUGGUCAACUACCUCCUGAAAUAGUUGAGAUGCAAAAGCUGAAAUUGCUUGAUCUUCAAAAAAAUUCUUUAACCGGAGAGAUACCACAGGAAAUUGGCGAGCUUGAUAGCUUGGAAGUUCUCGACCUGUCCAUGAAUCACUUUAAGGGAAAUAUUCCCAAUAUGCUUCAGGUCAGUCUGAAGACAUUCAACGUCUCCUACAAUGAUCUUUCCGGUCUCAUUCCUGAAAAACUGAAAAGAUUUCGUGAAGACUCCUUUUUUCCUGGGAAUUCCUUUCUGCUGUUUCCGGAUGGUCUGUCCACAGAAAAUGGUGGGUCUGGAUUGAUUAACAAUGAAGCAGAAGGUCAUUUGAAAUCUAGAAUUCGGGUAAUAACCAUUGUCUUAGCUGUUGGAGCUGUUGCAUUGAUUUUGGUUAUAUCCAUGGCCAUUUAUAAGAUAAGGACCCAGUCAUCAUCCCGUGAAGGAAACGAAUCCCGACAGAAUGCUUGUGGCGGAGAUGUAACACUGGGAAGAUUUAUCCCUCGUAAGAUUUUUGGGUCUCAUCGGUACAAUACUGUAACAGAGACAGCUAAUUUAUGUGGCUCUGAUUUGAGGAAAGUCAGUGUGGAGGCCCCAAACCAUUCUGCUCAGAGAAGUUGUGAUGUGCCUGGUGGACUUGUGCCAUCGCAUGCUUCAACAUCUUCACCUCGCUCUAUUGAUACACACCUCGCUGACCGAUGUGGAGUUCUAGACAUUGAUUCACCAGAUCAGCUUGCUGGAGAGUUGUUCUUCUUGGACGAUUCCCUGGUGUUUUCUGUUGAAGAUUUAUCUCAAUCCCCUUCAGAAUCCCUGGGUAGGAGUAGCUACGGAAUCUCCUACAAAGCAACACUAGAUUGUGGCCAUACGUUGACUGUGAAGUUGUUAAGAGCACAUCUGGUGAGGCACAGAAAGGAGUUUGCUAAAGAGGUGAAAAGAAUUGGGUCUAUUCAACAUCCAAACAUCAUUCCAAUCAGGGCCUACUACUGGGGACCAAGGGAGCAAGAAAGGCUGAUUCUGUCCGAUUAUGUCCAUGGAGAUAGUUUGGCGCACCAUCUUCAUGGUAAGAGUUUUUUUUUCCUGAAGAUCUGUUAUUAUGUACCGUCUUAGUAAUUUCUUGCUAGAUUAUUCCACUUGCCACACAUUCUUCUUCAGCUAUGAUGAAAUGGUUUCAAAUGGUAUGAUUUGGUGGUCUCCGUGUUUGGGAAAAAGUAUACUGACUAAUGCUUUGCCGUUUACGAGAGUUAGUUGAUUGAUGCAUUCUUCAGUGUAUCUUGUGCUUCUGCAGGCUCUUGGCACCCUUAAUUUUUGACUGUAUUUCCUUGGUGAAAUAAAUAAGCACAAACAUAAUAUAUGCUCCCUUUGAACAUAAAAUAUUGCCGCCUUGCCUUAUUAUAACUAUUAAUAUACUCGUUUUUGGUGACAUUGGUGUUGCAACAUUAUACUUUUGGAAGCUACGAAAAUUGACAAAAAAUUCGUCUGCAUCUGAGAUGUGGUACUUGUUUCUGAUGGUAAUCUUGUUCAGCAUCCUGUAAUCCACGCGCAAUCUUAGUGAGUCAUACUUCUUCAGUUGUGACUAGACUCUCUCUCUCUCUCUCUCUUUCUCUCUCAUAAACAUAGUGGAUAAGAUACAUAGUACAGUAUCUCUCUCCUAUUUACUUUUUUUGCUCGAACAUUUUGUUUUACUAUUUGAAAAGUAUUGUCUUUCUAUUUAUGUUUGGACGCUGUCUGAUGUUGGAAUCUUAUGGAAACGCUCCUCCCUGGCUUAUCCGCAGAGAGCUCGCCAAGACGGCGGCAUCCCCAUCUUUCCUUCCAUCAGAGGCUGAGGAUCGCCGCCGACAUCGCCCGGGCCCUGCGCCACCUUCACUGCGUCGGCGGCCUCCCCCACGGCAACCUCAAGCCCUCCAACAUCUUCCUCACGGGGCCCGACCUCACGGCCAGGCUGACUGGGCAGUGCUUGCACCGCCUGAUGGUGCCGGAAGGCGCGGCGGAGCAGAUGCUCACCCUGGCAGCGCUCGGGUACGCUGCCGGCCCCGGCAGUGCACCGUCGUUUGAGGCCGACGUCUACGCGUUCGGCGUGGUGGUGAUGGAGCUGCUGACGGGGAGGAGCGCUGGGGAGAUCAUCACCGGGUGGUGUGGGGUGUUCGAUCUCCCAGAGUGGGUGCAGAUGUUCGCCAGGGAGGGUCGGGAGUUGGAGUGCCUCGAUGUCAGCCCCGGUGACUACGAGGAAGCCCGGGGGGCCAUGGAGGAGCUGCUGGCGGUGGCCCUGCGGUGCGUCUCGCCGGAGGGAGAGGGAGAGCGGCCCGAUGGAAGGGCCGUCUUUGCAGAGGUCUGCUCCAUAGCGAUCUGA